AUGAAGGAGAAGGGUUGCAGCCCAGAUGUGGUCAGUUUCAAUACUUUGAUCAGGGGGUUUUUUCGGGAGAGGAAGUUUGAGGAUGCGAUCACAAUGGCUUAUGAGAUGAUCGAACUGGGGUGCCAGUUGUCGAGUGUGACUUGUGAGAUUUUGGUCGAUGGCCUCUGUACGGAAGGUAAAGUGGCUGAGGCAUGUGAAUUGCUGAUUGGUUUUCAAACGGGAAAUAUUCCAAGCUUGAUUGCUUGUACUACUUUGGUGGAAGGGUUGAGGAAGCAGAAGAAAAGGGAAGAUGCACUUGCUUUGAUGGAAAAUAUGCUUAAAGAAGGUAUUGUACCAGACAUUGUGACGUUUAAUUGUUUGCUUGAGGAUCUUUCUGAUAUAGGGAAGACUUUGGAAGCAAACAAAUUGAGGUUGAAAGCAAGGGUUUGGAACCAGAUGGCAAUGUACAGGAUUCUGGAAGCGAUGGCAAUUCGACUUUUGGCAAAGAUGGCGAUUCAGGCUUUGGCAGUUCAGGGAGUGGCGGCAAUUCGGCUUUUGGUAGAGAUGGCAAUUCCGGCUUAG